AUGUCUACAGCAGCUGCAGGUCAAGUGCCUGCUAAGAAGCAGCAAGAUCUUCAAGUCACCUAUUCCAACUACAAGAACACUCUUCAGCAAAUAGCCCAGAGAAUUGGCGAUAUCGAGCAAGAAGCUGAAGAGCACAAGCUCGUCUUGGAGACCCUAGAACCCCUUUCUGAAGAUAGGAAGUGUUUCCGUCUCAUCAAUGGAGUACUCGUCGAGAGGACAGUCAAAGACGUGGUCCCAGCCCUCAAGACUAACCAAGAAGGACUCCGCAAGGUGUUGGAAGAUUUAGUGAAGCAGUACAAGACGAAGCAGGAUGAUCUUGAAAAAUGGAAGAAAAAGCACAAUGUGCAGGUUGUACAGCAAUAA